AUGAUGACAGAAUAUUUUAGAAAGGUAUUUCUGCAAGGCAUUUUCAUUGAAAAAGGUCUGGCUGUGAGAGAAAUGUGCUUGUUUCUAAAUCUAACCCUACUAACAGUUUACGACCUUCUUUUUGUGUGUGUUUCUCUUUCUCUUCCAGUGCCACCUUGGGCCUUAAUAGCCAUAGCCAUAGUUGCAGUCCUAUUAAUCCUUACCUGCUGCUUUUGUCUCUGUAAGAAAUGCUUGUUCAAAAAGAAGAAUAAGAAGAAGGGAAAGGAGAAGGGAGGAAAGAAUGCUAUUAACAUGAAAGAUGUUAAAGAUUUAGGGAAAACCAUGAAAGACCAGGCUCUUAAGGAUGAUGAUGCUGAGACUGGGCUGACUGAUGGGGAAGAGAAGGAAGAACCCAAAGAAGUGGAGAAGUUAGGGAAAAUCCAAUAUUCUUUGGAUUAUGACUUCCAGAACAAUCAGCUUCUGGUUGGAAUUAUUCAAGCAGCUGAGCUGCCUGCAUUAGAUAUGGGUGGUACAUCCGAUCCCUAUGUGAAAGUUUUCCUGCUGCCUGACAAGAAGAAGAAAUAUGAAACAAAAGUCCACAGAAAGACCCUUAACCCUGUUUUCAAUGAGCAAUUUACGUUCAAGGUGCCAUACUCCGAACUGGGUGGAAAAACUUUAGUGAUGGCAGUUUAUGACUUUGAUCGUUUCUCCAAACAUGAUAUCAUUGGAGAGUAUAAGGUUGCGAUGAACACAGUGGACUUCGGCCAUGUCACUGAGGAAUGGAGGGACUUGCAAAGUGCAGAGAAGGAAGAGCAAGAAAAACUGGGUGAUAUCUGCUUCUCUCUCCGUUAUGUGCCUACUGCUGGCAAACUGACUGUUGUCAUUCUGGAGGCAAAGAACCUGAAGAAGAUGGAUGUCGGUGGACUAUCGGAUCCCUAUGUGAAGAUCCAUCUGAUGCAGAAUGGUAAGAGGCUGAAGAAGAAAAAGACUACAAUUAAAAAGAACACUCUGAAUCCCUACUACAAUGAGUCUUUCAGCUUUGAAGUACCAUUCGAGCAAAUUCAGAAAGUGCAAGUUGUUGUGACUGUUUUGGACUAUGACAAGAUUGGCAAGAACGAUGCCAUCGGGAAAGUCUUUGUGGGCUACAACAGCACUGGAGCGGAGCUGCGGCAUUGGUCAGACAUGUUGGCCAACCCCCGGCGGCCCAUUGCACAGUGGCACACCUUACAGCCCGAGGAGGAGGUAGAUGCCAUGCUGGCAGUCAAGAAGUAAAUUAAAUGAAAUGAAAUAAAAUUAAAUUGAAUUAGGAAGAAGAAAAUGAGGAAGAAGAAGAAGCCUUUCUGCAUUUGCCCACAUAGUGCUCUUUAGCCAGUAUCUGUAAAUACCUCAGUAAUAUGGGUCCUUUCAUUUCCAGCCAUGUGUUCCUGACACAGAUCAGUUGUACUUUUAAAUGCCCAUUUUAAUUUGCACAAAUUUAAAUGUAGAGAGCCCUCUAAAGGCGCUUCAUUUCACCACUGCCCCCCAGAUCUACUCUUCUUUUAAGCAAUAUGAUGUGUAGAUAGAGCAUGACAGAAAUUAUUUAUUGUAUCACACAGUUGUAUAUAUACACCAGUAUGCUGAGAAUUUAUUUCUAGUUUGUGUAUUUGUAUGUUGUAAGCGUUUCCUAAUCUGUGUAUAUCUAGAUGUUUUUAAUAAGAUGUUCUAUUUUAAAUUAUGUAAAUUGACUGAGAUAUAGGAGAGCUGAUAAUAUAUUAUAGGGUAACUACUGUAUCGUCUGCAUUCCAGAAAAAAACAAAAAUCCAACUUGUAAGGCACUAGUAGUGUUACACUGACAUCUUAAAGGACAACUUAAAUCUGAGCUUUCAACUGGAUCAUCCUAAUAACACGCUACGCGUCCACAGUGAAUCUUGGAGGGGCAAAUCCAUUUGGGUAGACUUCUUUCACAGGCAACUUAGCAUGAUCUGAGGAGCUCCAUGGCUGAGCUCAAGAAGAUGUAGCCAGGAUAUGAUUUCUUUGUAUAUAUUCCAAAGCAAACACAUAACAGACUGGAAUGGCUUUAGAGUGAAAGUUGGGGAAGCAGUUCCACAGGAGGCAACGAUUUUAUCUAUCAUACUUUGAUAUCUUAUCAAAGUAAGACCAUUGCAGGGAGAGGAAAGAAGGGAUGAGGGAGACGCAGCAGUAGCGAAAUGCUGCCAUGAAAACAAGAGUAGCUCUCCGUUAUCAAUCAAUCAUCACCUUUAUACAAAAUUUGCAUACUGUGAAUUCCAUCCACAAUUUUACAUUAUAAUGAGUUUGCACAUUAGACUUUGUAACAAAAUAUUUUAUUAUACUAACUCAGAUUAGAAGGAAUGCAGAAUAUUUUUUAGACACAGCUGUGUGAGUUUAUUAUACAAACUAGUUUCAUGGUAAACAGACAGUAUUGUAAUCCCAUCAGAAGAUGACAAAAUUUAGCCAUAGUUCUAAAUGCACUUCAAAGUAAGCCAAAAGAGAACAGCUAGUGACCUUUUAUAUACUAUUUAUACUUAAGUUUUAAUUUGUCCUUU